AUGAUUACUCUUGGCUUUGCAGGUCAUGCUAUUCCAAUGUUUGAAUUAGCAAAAUCAAUGAAGAAUCAUAAUGUGACAUUUCUUACGGAAUAUCAUGCUCAAUCCUAUUUAAAUUUUGAAUCAUAUGCUAAAUUAUCUUCAUUUCGUAUCAUUUAUACGAAUGAUUCAGUUGAUGCAUUUAUUAAUGAAAAGAAGCAAGAAAAAGAACUAAUUGAAUAUUUUAUGCGCCAUUCUCUUUUAGAUAGUGUAGAUUAUAUGAUAUCAGUAAUAAGUCCGACUAACAGUGCUUUGAUGACCAAAUCAAUCAAUUUAUUAAUGUCGGAACGAUACGAUGUAAUUAUUGGUACUUCAUUAACGAUGGGUGUAAAUCUUCUAUGCAAGCAAGUAAAUACAUCAUGUGUAAUAAUAAUUCCGGAAAAACGGUUGAAUAGAUUUGAUGUUAAUCUACCUCUUAGCAAUUCAUUGCUAUCAUCAAAAUAUUUGACCGAAUUGAAAUAUCGUAUUUACAAUUUUGCUUUCACUUUACGUUUCAUAGUCCCUCUCUUUAAAACAAUAUUUAAAACAUACUACAAAAUUUUACUAUCGCUUCCUCAGGUACCCGGACCUUUUUACGAAGUAUUUACAUUAAGAAAUAUAUUAUCGACAAAAUUAAAUUGUUUGCAAUUGUUCAGUUUACCACCAACGCUCUAUCCACCAUCGUCUUUGCCUCAUGAUACUAAAUAUCUUGGUGGAUUUGUAGAUAAUUUAUCCAUUGAAUAUGUUGAAAAUGAUUUUACAAGAUGGAUUCAAUCGAAACCUCCAAAAUCCAUUGUUUAUGUGGCUUUUGGCAGUAUUUCUAUACUCAACCAAGUUAGAAUGAGAAAUUUAGUAUAUGGCUUAGCUGAAUUUCUUUUACAAAAAGAUUCAGUUUCUAUCUUAUUAGCAUUUCGUAAUAGGAAUUAUGAAAAUUAUCAAAUCAUACUAAACGAAAUGAAAUAUGAUCAAUAUCGACAGAUAUUAAUGGAUGAUCAACGAGUGAAAGUCGAAAAUCGUUUUCUUCAACAAAAAUGGAUUUUACAACAGAAUUCAGUCAGCGUUUUUAUAAGUCAUUGUGGAAUGGGUUCACUUGUAGAAGGGCUUUACUUUGAAAAACUUAUCAUAUGUUUACCAUUAUGCACGGAUCAAUUUUCGAAUGCAAUUUCGAUCUAUCAUUCAGGAGUCGGAGAAUCAUUAUUCGCACUACCAUCUCUAUGGAAAUCGUUGUUUAGUCCACUCGAUUUCCAUGAUUACAUAUUUUCAGCAAGUGAUGUAACAACAAAACUAUUAACAAUCUGGAGAAACAUUUCAUACGAGCAAGCAGUUCGAUUAAUGUCACUCGAAAUGAAACAUGCAGGUGGCGUGAGAAAAGCAGUAGAAGAAAUUGAACAUUUAGUCAAUUUGAAUGGUAGUUUAGAUCGGUAUAAACCAUUUCACGAUAUACUUCCAUUCUAUCAACGAUAUUUACUUGAUAUAGUACUCGUUUGUAUUGUUUUACCUAUCGCGACCGUAUAUUAUUUACGCGCGAAAUGUUGUAAAAGAAAUCGAAAGGAAAAGAACGAUUAA